AUGGCGUCCCUUCUCCUACCUUCAUCUCGACUUCUUCUCCCGACACAAACUCAACACUACUCUCAACCAUCACUCCUCCCUCGCUCCUCCUCCCCUAAAACACCAUUCCUCGUCUCCUUACCCUCCCUCCGUCCCUCGAAACCAAAUCACCUCUCUACUUCCGCCUCAGCCUCAAAGAAACCUUCGGAGAUUUCCUCUACGGAGAACAAAAAACAAAAGAGUUCUAACGACGUGGAAGAAGAAGAAGAAGUAGAAGAAGAUAUGUUGUGGAUUCAGGAGAAGGCAUUAGACCUAGUGGAGUUCACUGGUUCGGUAACUCAAGCGCUUCCAGGUCCCCGAGUUGGUAGCAGCAAGUUGCCGUGGAUCCUCGCUGUUCCGUUAGCUUACCUCGGAGUCACUUUCGUAACUGCUUUCGUGAAAACCGUUAAGAAGUUCUCUUCUCCUAAAGCUCAACGCAAGAAACUGGUGAAUCAGAAUGCAAUGUUGUGUAGAUCUAUAGAUGAGAUGUUACAGAAAGAAGGAACAGUGGAUAGCUCUGAGCUUAAGGCAAUUGAAGAAAAGACAGGGUUUAAUAUGGUGGAGAUAUUGAGGAAGUAUAUUCGUUAUGCUUUGAAUGAGAAACCGUUUAAUCCUGACCUUGUUGCAAGUCUUAUUCAUCUCAGAAGAGCUUCUGGUUUGGAGGAUUCUCAGAUUCCUGAGGUUUUGAAUGAGAUCUCUCGUCGUAUUGUUAAAGAGAAAGGUCCUGUUGUGAUGAAUAUGCAAGGGUUUACGGAGAAGGGGUUCAAGAGAAAACUCGCCGUGCAAGCGCUUUUUGGGAAAAUUUACUAUCUUUCCGAGCUUCCUGACUUCUGCUCAAAAGACAACUCAUUGAUAGUCAAGGAAAUAUUCGGAGUUACAGAUGAAGACGCAGAGAAGCUGCGGAUACACGCCCUUGCUGAAGCUGGAGAUAUUGACUCACUUGAGAAAAUGGUAGAAGUCGAGAAAAUGGCUGAUUCUUCCUCGGAUAUAGAAGAUACAAAUGAAGAAGACGACACUACUACUGUUACCCCUUAA